CGACCCAACGUGGAUUUGCAGCAACCCAGCGAUAGCUUUAUAUCAUGGAUGUGUUAUUAUUAGAUUUAAAUUAACAUCGUUUCGACACUUAUUGGCUGCUGCAGCGCCAGCGGUGUGUGUGCGAACGCUCUUUUAACCUCCAUUUCCACCUCAUUGGCCACUUAAACGUUUCCGGAAGAAGUUUUAACACGGUUUUUCAGUGGAGUUCCAGUUUUUCAAGAGUCGGACCAGUAACGUUGACGUUACCCUGUUUGAACAUGAAGACUCUUCCUGAAGAAAACUCCAGCUUUUUGUUAGACGCGUCCUUGCUGUAUAAAGAAACAUGUCCGGAGCUAUCGCGGUUCUUCCUGCAGUGGCCUGGGAAGGCUAACGCACCACUGAAGCAGAAAUCCUCCAGUCUGCUGCAGAGCACCUCGGUUUGUCCGUACUGUUAUCAGUGGCUGCAGCCUGACAAUCACCGGAUGCGGCUGCGGCCCAAGCAGCGUCCAUCAGCACGGGUGCAGAGUGUCCUGCACAGAAAGGCCAGGGGCAAACGACUCACCCUGGUGCAGAAAAACCUGCUGCGACGCUUCCAAAGGUCCUCCUCCGUACUGAUGGCCACCUGCCACGCUUGCAAUAAGACAUCCAGACACAAAGGAAUGAACAGGGACUUUAUAGCUACCCUCGCUAAGACCCACAGCACACCAGGGAGCGCUGCCAAACAUAAGACCCCACAGUCAACCCACAGAGCCAACACUCCAACCCCCAAGGCUCCUGGCAAAGACAAGACGCCUGCUCACACACCUAGGUCCUCCACCUCCUCUAACACUCCAGGGUCAGGCUCUUCUUCUUCCAAGCCUCCCUCUAAACCUAAAAAUUGGGUCGUCCAGCGUCUCAGCAAGAUACUCAUGCGAGAGGACAACCAGGGCAGCAAGAAGGGGGGCUUGAAAGAUUUUCUCUCCUCUCUUUGAGUAUCUCCCUUGUCUUUAUGUAAACUCUUUAAAAAAAAAACAUAGGGUCAGACCCAUGUUUGUAACCUGUUUACACCAAAGCCUAAGGGGGAAUUUUGGUUUCCGAGUCGGUGUGGGAAGGGUAAGUUUGCCCACCAACACACCUAUUGCUGGGCUGUUUGGAAUGGCACUCCUGGUAUCCUGAAUGCAACAACUGGGAGCACUGGGCUGGCUAUUUUAACUGUUAAUCAGGGUAACUGCCUCUUCUGCUGAGCCAGUUGGAGGAGAAUGCUUCUUUGUCUAAUUUAGCACAUGGCUUAGGUAAUCUCCUAUACUGGGGAUGUUAUGUUAAGUGGAAUGUUUGAGGAAUUAUUCAAUAUUUAUCAAAUGGCUGAAACAUUGCAGGAAACCCAACUGUGUUCUGUGGUGGCGCUUGUGUCAAGACAAGCUGAUUUACUUUAUUUGGGAUUUUCUUUUCUAAAGUUACAAGUAUACAUUUUUAUGAUACGUAUAUAUAAAACUAUUUCACAUUCAUAUAACUUGAUGUCAAAACUUUUGUAUUUGAAUUUAUUUUAUUUUUUAUUUGUUGGCCCUCUCCAGUGGGGAGAUGUCUGUGUAAAUUAAUUUGGUAUGUCAUUGGCUAAACAUGACCAGAUGACAAAUGUAUAUAUGUCGUUGCAUUUUUGUACGUGCAUGCAAAGGAUUUUGGAACUGUGCACUCACCAGUAAAAAUAUUUGUAAUUAUCAUCUAAAAUGGUACUCAUCAUUUGCUGUUUACAUUGAAAAGGCACAUCUUGCCUAAAACCUGUACAGGAAGACUAAUUGACAAUCAAUAUUGUCAAGACUUCUAUUUCUUUUAAUAUUUUCUUUGGAUACAUGUUUUUGAAAGGUUACUCUUUUCAUCUUUUUGUUAAGAGCAGGAAUUUGAAUAUAUGUAUUGUGUUUUGUACUUCCUGAUUAAGUACCUGUUUUCCAUUAGCUGUUUAAUGUACAGUAUCUUGAAAUACCUCACAUUUGUAUUCCACCUACACUGUGAUUUACUGAAAUAAAACCUUUGUCAGUCUAGGAAA